CUUCCUCAUCUCUUGAUGGAUACGCUUCCUCUACUCCUCCCUUCUUCUUUCCCACUCUACAAAAACCACCCCACAACCCAGAAAAAUCUUCCUGCCUUCAAACCCUUCAAUCUUUUCUCAAACCCGAAACCGCCUGAUUCUUCAUUCCAAUCUUCAUAUUCCACUAAGAAAAUUCCCAUUUCGCUUCAAACCGAUUCUCAGAGUUCUCCUCAAAAUCUUGCCGGGUGCUUAUCUUUUGCUAUAAUUGACCUCUUCGCUGCUUCUCCUUGCCUCGCCGCAGAAUCUGUGGCAGAGACAGAGUCGGGCAAAAUCAAUUUGGAAUCGAUUGUCGUCUCGGUUGAUAACUUUUUAAAUAGAUAUCCUUUUUUCGUCGCCGGGUGUACUUUCAUUUGGUUGGUUGCCAUACCUUUGACUCAAGAGUAUUUUAGAAAAUACAAGUUCAUAUCAGCCCUAGAUGCAUAUCGGAAGCUGCGGGAUGAUCCUUAUUCUCAGCUCUUGGACAUAAGAGAUAGAAAGAAUUUGAAAUUCCUGAGGUCUCCCAAUUUGAAAAUUUUGAAUAAGGAAACAGUGCAGGUUGAAUUUUCAGAAGGAGACGAAGACGGGUUUGUUAAGAAGGUGUUGGAAAGCUUCAACGAUGCACCAAAUACUGUCCUCUGUAUUCUGGACAAUUUUGAUGGUAAAUCCAUGAAAGUGGCCGAGUUAUUAUUUAAGAAUGGUUUCAAGGAGGCAUAUGCAAUUAGAGGAGGAGUCAGAGGCGAGCAAGGGUGGAUGGAAAUACAGGAUACCCUUUUACCUCCUUCUGUACAUAUUUACCCAAGGAAAAAGAAACAAGCUUCAGAACAACUUGGUACAAAUGGGGCCAUUCAGCAAAAUGAAGAUAAUGGUAACUCCUUGUCCCCAAAACUGGAAGAUCAAAGUUCGGACACUGGACCUGCGAGAAAGUCUGCAGAAUCCUUUCCAGAUGUGAAGAUUGAUUCUAAAGCUUCCUCCUCUCCCUACCCAAAUUACCCAGAUAUGAAGCCACCAUCCUCCCCAACUCCAUCAAAGCCACAAUAGCGACAUUGUUGGGCCUCCAGCAUAUGAAGCCACCUCUUUCUUUCAUCCAUUAAAGCUUCAACAGUGAUUUUAUAUGACAUUCUCAAUUGGUAUCUUUAGGCAGAAAUGAUUUUUGUAGGCAGAAAUUCCAUAGUUGAAUUUCUCAUCUCUACAAUUUUAUUUUCUUCAUAUUAUAUGCUUGUUGAAUUUCAGGGAUAGUGGAAACUCUGUUCUCAGUUAUGAUUGAGUUAGGGAAUUAUUUGUCAAUUUUUCUGACAGCAAUCAAAAUUCCUUGUGUCUUUGAUGGAUGUACUGCACGAGAUCCUUAGUCCUCACACAGGAAAUACAGAUUACAGAAUCAAUCUGACUGUUAUUUGUGAUUGUUAUGCUAGGAGGCUGUGUCACAAAUUAGCAUAAGAAAUUACAUUUGCAUUUGAAUUGAUACUGACUUGGAAUGUGUAGUGCAAGGUCAAGGUUUCUUAUUCUACUCUGUUUUCUGAAAAACCUGUUUUGAAGACGACAAGUCUUGUUUAGAAACGUGUAUUUCAUAGCUACUCACAUGCAGUUUUAGGAAGCUGACUUUUCUUAGAGAAUUUCUUCCUUCUUAA